AUGAUUAACCAAGAUAGCACGAUGGACCAAGACUCUAAUGGACUUUUAAUGGAUGUUGAUAAUAUGGAUUUCUUGGAUGGCCUAGACAAUGGGUCCGUUAAUACAAAAAAUGAGAAUAGUGACGACAGUCUCGAUGAAUCUCUAUCGAUUAACGGAAGUGAGGAAGAGCUCUAUCAAAGAGAUUCUAUCACAGGUGAACUGGUAAUGAAUUUGACCAAGAAAUAUGACCUCCCACUCAAAAAGGGUGAUAAUGGCAAACUAAAAUUUAAAUUGAGUAAUUUGGGCGCUUACAAUUUGGCCUAUGUUACUGGUAAAGAGAAUGAAAAGUUGUACCCAGUUAGCAUCCCAAACAUGGACAAUAAUAAACAAUAUUAUAAGUACAUAACCAAGUCAUUUCAAAUAUAUCAAGAAUUAGGAGAACACAGAUCUUACGAUAUUCCGACAAUUGGAGUAAUUAAUUCAACCUAUCAGAAGGAACAUAUCGCUAGUGUGAACCUAGCAAUGGAAGCCAUAUUUUCAGAGCUAGAAUAUUUCCUUAAUGAAAUUAAAGAUGAAAAAAUAUCAAUUGAUAGAUAUAUGAAUUUAGAGGAUUCUAUGAUAAUACUUCAAUGUCUAAAGGCAAUUCAUUUCACAUUGGAUACACCGGAUGAAGAGAAAAAACGAGAAAAUUUUAUUAUUGGUUUGAUUGAAUGGGUCAAUCGUUCGGACGGGGAACCGAAUUCUGACUAUAUCAGCCGUGUGUUCAGUACUGACAACUUGGAGAAGCCAGUUUUCCAAACCAAUUUAUUUUGGACAUUAUUGAAUCAGUUACUUCUUAGGGGGUUAUUUGAACAGGCAAUUGGUUGUAUUGAAAAGUCCAGAAUUCUAGCUAUCUUGAAGGAUAUAUGUCAAGUAUCUUAUAAUGCAUUAUCUGAUUUAAUUGCACUCCUUAAUCGUUAUCCAGUAGAUUCCGAUGAAUCUUUUAGAGAAUGGAAAGCGAUGGUUCUGGAAUUGAGUCAAACAUUUUCAAACAGUGAAACAAAUGUAUCUGGUGAAUUACGUGAUUAUAUAGAAGAUACAUUAUUAUUAGUUAGUGGUGAUAGAUUCAAGAUUCUAAACUAUUCCAAGACAUGGUACGAAUCCUUUUGUGGGUUUAUUCUAUAUUAUAUUCCAACAUUGGAGCUUGCUGAUGAAUACCUAAAACUCUCUGUAGAAAGGAAUGCCAUCGAUAUCACAAGUAACUGGGAAGAAUGCUGUGCAUCAAUUAUCAAGGGUAAUAUAUAUUCCAUUUUCCCUGUAUUAGAAUCAUUAGAUAAUUGUACUGCUACUUUCACCGCUGCGAUCUGUGAGGCAAAGGGUUUACUGGGAAAUUUAUAUGCUAACGAGGAUGAAGAUAUUGACUUAAUGAGUCAGCAUGAAGAUGAUAAUGUGUUGUCUGAUUUGUUAUCUCAAAAGAAUGGUAUUGCUUAUUAUAUGAUAUAUAAUUUUGCCUUUGAAUUAUGUUCGUAUGAUAAUAAGGAUUUAUGGCCAGUUGCAAUAGGUCUAAUAACAUUUGUUCCAGUGGUAAAUUCUAGUACAAAGAGAAUGACGAUUAGUGAGUUACUACAACAUUAUCCAUAUCAAACAAAUGAUGAUAUUGAAUGGCUCUUGAGUGUAUGUGCACAAUGGAAGCUACCAUAUGUCAUAAAAUCAUUAUUUACAAAACUUGGUAAUUCGAUGAUGUAUGAAGGCAAGACAAUUGAAGCCAUCACUAAUUUUAGUAGGGCCAGUAGAUUUGAUCUUGUUAAACAAUACUCGUGGACUCUAUUUGAGGCAUCUAUCAUAACAGGCAAACCUUUAGAAGAUGAGGUCUUAACUGCAAUUGUUCAAGGAAAUGAAAAUACAUUGGGUGAAACAGGAAUUGUAACACAAGAUAUACUGAAUAGUCUAGUGACAAAUGCAAUGAAACAGACGUUGUCGCCGUAUGCUGUCCUUUUCAGAUUUUAUAAGGAAGUCGAGGAACAGAAUUGGUCCAUAGCAUUAGAAUUGUUAAUUGAAUUAAUUACUUUUAAGCACUUGCCGGAUCAUUAUUUGGUUUUGUUAAUAACAAAGUUUUUAUACCCAAUUUUCCUCCAAGAUAAUUCUAAGCUAAUUAGUGAGAGCAAAGUUAUUGACAUAAUCGAAGCUAUUGAAUUGAAAUGGGAUUCGAAUAAUGAAAAAUCACAAAAUAGCUUCGAUGUUGUGCUUGAGGCAGAUAAGACACUGGAGAAAACCCUAGGUGACUCUUUGGAUGACGCUCUAAGAGAAAUAAGAUCCAAGCUCAACUAUAAACUAUGUCAAGAAUUCAUGUAG